AUGAGAGACGUCGAAUGUGGUCCGGAGCGAAUGACUUCCGCUGCCGACUUAGCUGGAUACCACAACGUUGUCCCCUUGAAGCCAUUCCCAGCUGGCAGCGACAAGAAUUCAGCCCCUGAUCUUCCACGAUCUUCGCGUUUAUCAGGAGUCUUUCAAGUCUUGGGGCGUCCCAGCUCAGGGUCUGAGACGGCGGCCAUGUCCGCACACGACGGUAACGACCCAGCGAAAUCGGGUCGUCUUCCUUCAGCGCCGUCGAAGCCACCUACCAACGCCAGGUUCCACCAUCACGGCACCACUGACCGCCAUCUUGAGUUUGGGCCGUUGAACUUUGGGACGGGCGGCGGCGGAGCAGCAUUUGUCACCGAGCCAGCCCCUUUCGGGCAGCUGCAUGCGACACCUUGUUCUACUGCACGAAGUAUCCGUACGGGUAUCCGUGCUGCAGUUGAGAUUCGAUAUUUCUGGUGUCUCAAUGCAACGCACCACAUCUGCGCGUACGGAGCAUCCUCACGGAGCAAGGCAGUACUCAGUAGUACGACCUCCCUCUCUCGGCCGAAGAUGCAGCCUUUCACCACCAAAGCUGCAGAAGCCGUCCACGGCGCCAAGCUCUUUCAGGUCCCCCAAUGCCACAUGGCCAGUGUCAUGUCUCAGAGGGCUUUUGGGUAG